GCCUGGUUAGCCAAUCACGUCAAGCCACAAUGUGUUUCCAAACAACACUCCUUUUCACUCGACAGGCUGCGUCAACCAAUUCCUCAUUUCAACUAAAAAGUUUUCGGGUGAAGAAAUUGAUUGCUACUUUGUAUCUCUGACAUUUCAAAUGAUCAGAUACUGUAGUUACUCACUCCGUUGAUAUUAUUACUUGAUAGCUAAGAGGCUACAUUGUAGCUACUACUUAAUCGCGUUGGAAGAGGUAACAAGAAAAUAAACAUGGACAAUACUGGUUUUCCUAGGCAAAAAACAAUCAAGCUUGUGAUAAAAACACCUAAUCAAGCCCACGGGGAUCAAACGAUUGAAGGAGUUGACAUGGACUGGUCAGUGAAAGAGUUGAAGACACAUUUGUCGAGAAUGUACCCAAACAACCCGGCUGAAAGUGAUCAGAGACUAAUUUACUCUGGCAAGCUGCUCCCAGACCACCUGCAUGUAAGAGAUAUUUUCAGAAAGACAGACCUAACACCCACUGUGCACCUGGUGUGUGCAGUAAGGACUCAGCCUAUAGGUCCACUAGGAGCAAGACCAAAGGUCAGGGAAUCAGAGCAGCAAGAGGCACAAACAUCGGCCAUGCCUACCGGUCAGAACACAGAGGGUGCCUCCCGAGCCCCAUCUGUGCCCACUGAAUUAGAACUGAGACAGCGCAGGCCCCCUGCCCCCUCUCACACCCCACCAGCAGCUGCAUGGCCUGGCACUACAACUCUAGUGGCAGCAGAGAUGACAAACCCAACCUUCCCCACUUACUCCCUCUACAGCCCUCAACAGCUUCUCUGGCUGCAGCACAUGUAUGCUCGCCAGUACUACAUGCAGUACCAUGCAGCCUACGCAGCAGCAGCAGCCUCUGCCCCCUUUGCCCCAGCAGCCGGCCCAUCCCUGCCUGUCGCACCCCACCAAGCCGCUAUCCCAGCAGCCCUGCCAGCCAAUCAGAAUGCACAGGAUGCCGCCUUCAUCAACCCGGGAGCAGCCAAUCAGAACCUGCGGAUGAACGCCCAGGGCGGACCUGUGAUGGAGGAUGAGGAGGAUAUCAAUCGGGAUUGGCUUGACUGGGUGUACACGGCUGCACGUCUGGGUGUCUUCCUCAGCAUCGUCUACUUCUACUCCAGUCUGAGCCGCUUCGUCCUGGUCAUGAGCAGCCUCCUCCUUAUGUACCUGCACACAGCAGGCUGGUUCCCCUUCAGGAGAAGGCCCCUGGUCAGAGGUCCCAACAACCAGGUCCCCGAGGUCAUCCAGAACCACCAGGACAGGAACCCAGUUCCACCUAUGGAGGACCCUGCAGGAGAAGAGGGGGCCGGGGCGGAGGCUGAGGUUGAUGAACCACACCCCCUAACUGCAGUGCUGGUGCCUCCACACAGGGUGUCCAUCGUUUGGACUGCCUGGAUCUUUUUCAAAGCCUUCUUUGCCUCCCUCGUCCCAGAGGCCCUAGCAGUGGCUAACUGAAUGAUCAACUUUUCCAGCAGGGGGCACACUGGUGCUGAAUUUACCCAGAGUGUUAGACUUGCCUCUGUCACGGGAAGUCCUCCUUCUUUGGACCUCUGGAUAGUAGAUGCCUGGACUAUUUGUGAGAAAUCCUGAAUGAUUUAGGGCUUCAAUGCAUACAAAUCCCUGCCUGUAGUGUGUUGUGUGUGUUUAGGGAUAUGGUGGUUCAUUCGGCACUUCCUGCCUUAUGAUAGUGACCAAAUGGUUGUAUAUGCAGUAUAGUACAUACACUUCUCGCUGCCAAAUGGUUGUAUAUACUGUAAAUGAGUAUUGGAACAAAAAAUGUAAAUAUUAUUCUAUUGUCUGUGUAACAGUGUUGGUUAUGUUUCCACUUGACACUGCAGAAACCUGUAUUUUGAUUGUGUAUUCCUAUUAGUUGGUUAAAUUUACAUAUCAGUAAGUUGUUAUGCCAUUGGUCAUGCUUGCAGAUAGGGAGAAAUGGCAUAUAUUAGAUCGCAAACUUCAAUUCUUUCCAGUCUGUUAUUGACAUUCAGGUGUUAGGCCACGUUCUGAAAUUACUGUAUUCAUAUUUACAAUGUUUAGGAGUUCACUAUGUACAGUACCUGUCAAAAGGUGAAGCACACCUACUCAUACAAGGGUUUUUUAUUUUUUAUAUUUUCUACAUUGUAGAAUAAUAGUGAAGACAUCAAAAUGAUGAAAUAACACACAUGGAAACAUUUAGUGACCAAAAAAGUGUAAAACAAAUCAAAAUAUAUUUCAUGUGAGACUUCAAAGUAGCCACCCUUUGCCUUGAUGAUAGCUUUGCAUGCUCUUGGCAUUCUUUCAACCAUCUUCAUGAGGUAGUCACUGGGAAUGCAUUUCAAUUAAUUUGCCUUGUUAAUUUCUGGAAUUUCUUAUUUUAAUGUGUUUGAGCCAAGCAGUUGUGUUGUGACAAGGUAGGGUUGGUAUACAGAAGAUAGCCCUAUUUGGUAAAAGAACAAGUCCAUAUUAGGGCAAGAACAGCUCAAAUAAGCAAAGAGAAAUGACAGUCCAUCAUUACUUUAAGACAUGAAGGUCAGUCAAUCUAGAAAUUUAAGAACUUUGAAAGUUUUUCAAGUGCAGCUGAAAAACCAGCAAGCACUAUGAUGAAACUAGCUCUCAUGAGGACCGCCACAGGAAGAGAAGACCCAGAGUUACCUCUGCUGCAGAGUAUAAGUUCAUAUAGAGUUACCAGCCUCAGAAAUGGGCAAUUAACGGCCCCUCAGAUUGCACCUCACAGAGUCUAAGUAACAGACAUCUCAACAUUGUUGAGAGGAGACUGCGUGAAUCAGGCCUUCACGGUCGAAUUGCUGCAAAGAACCACUACUAAAGAAUACCAAUAAUAAGAGACUUGCUUGGGCCAAGAAACAUGAGCAAUGGACAUUAGACUGGUGGAAAUCUGUCUGAAUAGUCCAAAUUUGAGUUUUUUGAUUACAACUGCAGUGUCUUUGUGAGACAUGGAGUAGGUGAACAGAUGAUCUCCGCAUGUGUGGUUCCCACCAUGAAGCAUGGAGGGGGAUGUGUGAUGUUGUGGUGGUGCUUUGCUGGUGACACUGUCAGUGAUUUAUUUAGAAUUCAAGGCACGCUCAACCAGCAUGGCUACCACAGCAUUCUGCAGGAAUACACCCUCUCAUCUGGUUUGCGUUUAGUGGGACUAUCAGUGGGACAAUGACCCUAAACACACCUCCAGGCUGUGUAAGGGCUAUUUGACCAAGAAGGAAAGUGAUGCAGUGCUGUAUCAGAAGACCUGUCCUCCACAAUCACCAGACCUCAACCCAAUUGAGAUGGUUUGGGAUGAUUUGGACUGCAGAGUGCAGGAAAAGCAGCCACAAGUGCUCAGCAUAUGUGGGAACUCCUUCAAGACUGUUGGAAAAGCAUUUCAGGUGAAGCUGGUUGAUAGAAGGCCAAGAAUGUGCAAAGCUGUCAAAGGCAAAGGGUGGCUACUUCGAAUAAUUUCAAAUAUAAAAUAAAUGUAGAAUUGUUUUACACUUUUUUGGUUACAUGAUUCCAUAUGUGUUAUUUCAUAGUUUUGAUGUCUUCACUAUUAUUUUACAAUGUAGAACAUAGUAAAAAUAAAGGAAAACCCAAACUUGACUGGUACUGUAUGUGUACGCUACCUGUUAGAUAUUGGUCAUGUUAUUGCUGUAAGAGCGAGUUAGCUGGCAUGCUCUAAUUUUAAUGGUCGCUUUAGCUCCCUGCUAUUUUCAGACGAGUCACGAAUCUACAGCCAUCAACAUACUGACAGUCUUACACAUCUAACGUGCUUCCUUGUUUCUAUCGUCAGGUACCGUCACAUUUAUUGUAUUUUGUACUAUUUUUGUCAUUGUAAAGAUGUUUGAUUAAAAAAAAUACCCAGUCUGAUAUUAAAAUGCAAGCGAUCAAUCACAAAUCUGCAGCCAUCAACCUAUAGUGGUCCUGCACGUCGAAUGUGCUUCCUUGUGUCUAUUGUCAGAAUAAACACCAAUCAACUGGGA